UUUUUUAACUUUUGUAAUCUUUUUAAGCUUAUUUAGCUAUAAUAAUUUCAGAAUAAUGGCUUUAUUGAAGAAAUUUGAGUCAAAAAGUGCUCGAGUUAAAGGAAUUUCAUUUCACCCAACUCGUCCAUGGGUGCUAGCGUCGCUUCACAGCGGAGUUAUACAACUUUGGGAUUACCGCAUGUGCGUCUUAAUUGACAAGUUCGACGAGCACGAUGGUCCUGUUAGAGGAGUUGAUUUUCACUCGCAACAGCCAAUUUUUGUUUCUGGGGGAGAUGACUACAAAAUUAAGGUCUGGAAUUAUAAACAAAGAAAGUGUAUUUUUACGUUAUUGGGACAUUUGGACUAUAUUAGAACAACUUACUUCCAUAAACAACAUCCUUGGAUUAUUAGCGCCUCAGAUGACCAAACUGUUAGAAUUUGGAAUUGGCAAUCGAGGAUUUCUAUUGCGAUUUUGACAGGCCACAAUCACUAUGUUAUGUGUGCCCAAUUUCAUGCUACCGAGGAUCUUGUAGCCAGUGCUAGCCUUGAUCAAACUGUUCGUAUUUGGGAUAUUUCUGGACUUAGAAAGAAGAAUUCGGCGCCUGGAGGAGGCUCUAGCGUUACAAGUGGAAUGAGCCGUUUUGGUUCAACUUCUGUUAGUUCUGCACAAACUGAAUUAUUUGGACAACCUGAUGUUGUUGUAAAACAUGUACUUGAAGGACACGAUAGAGGAGUCAAUUGGGUCUCUUUCCACCCUUCAAUGCCUUUGCUUGUUUCUGGAGCCGAUGACCGUCAAGUCAAACUUUGGCGUUAUAAUGAUAGCAAAGCUUGGGAGGUAGACUCUUGCCGUGGGCAUUACAACAAUGUUUCCUGUGUUAUAUUUCACCCAAAGGCUGAACUUAUUCUUUCAAAUUCUGAAGACAAAAGUAUUCGGGUUUGGGAUAUGCAGAAGAGAACAUGUCUCCAGAACUUCCGCCAUGAAAACGACCGUUUUUGGGUCUUGGCUAGCCAUCCAUCACUUAAUCUUUUUGCUGCUGGUCAUGAUAAUGGAAUGAUUGUCUUUAAAACAGAAAGAGAACGUCCUCCAUAUUGUAUUCAAGACAAUUUAGUUUUUUAUGUAAAAGAACGGCAAUUACGUCGACUUGAUUUAACUACAAAUAAAGACACUCCUCUAGCUCAUCUCAAACCAAACAAAUUGACACAACCUUUUUAUUCUGUGCAUUACAAUCCAGCGGAAAAUUGUUUUUUGUUGAUUACACGGCCUUCAAAUAAUAUAGAGUCGAGCACCUGCGAUUUUUAUAAGAUCUCCCAAAAAGAAGGAGAACUCGAACCUGUAGACGUCAAACGAGCUCCCAGUAUCGCAUCAAUAUGGGUUGCCCGUAACAGAUUUGCUGUUCUUGACAAAUCCCAUCAAUUAAGCAUUCGUGAUUUACAAAACCAAGAAAGUCGAAAAAUUGAUUAUACUGGUCCAAUUGAUGAUAUUUUUUAUGCUGGAACUGGACUUUUAAUGUUAAAAAACCCGGAUAGUGUUUCUAUUUAUGAUGUUCAACAAAAACGUGUUUUGGUUAGCUUGAAAGUUAGCAAGGUUAAAUAUGUUAUUUGGUCAAAAAAUAUGGAAUAUGCAGCUCUUUUAAGCAAACAUACUGUUACUUUAGUUACACGAAAACUUGCACUCCUUUCAUCAAUUCAAGAAUCAACUCGUGUAAAAAGCGGUGCUUGGGAUUUGGAUAAUGACGCUUUUAUUUAUACAACUUCAAAUCAUAUAAAAUAUGCAUUGACUUCUGGUGGUGAUCAUGGAAUUAUUAGAACGAUGGAUAUUCCUGUUUAUAUUUUGGCUUUGAGAGGAAAUCGUUUGUAUUGUUUAAAUAGAGAUGCUUCUCCAAUUGAAUUAACCAUUGACCCAACAGAAUAUCGUUUUAAACUUGCACUUAUCCAUCGUCGUUAUGAUGAAGUUUUGAAUAUGGUUAGAAGUGCUAAUUUGGUUGGUCAAUCAAUUAUUGCAUUUUUACAAAAGAAGGGGUAUCCCGAAUUGGCAUUACAUUUUGUUAAGGAUGAAAAGACAAGAUUUGGAUUGGCUUUGGAAUGUGGAAAUCUUUCGAUAGCAUUAGAAGCAGCUAAAGUACUUGAUGAUACAGCUGCUUGGAAUGCUUUAGGAGAAGCUGCAUUAAUGCAAGGAAAUCAUCAAAUUGUUGAAAUGGCAUAUCAAAGAACUAAAGAUUUUGAACGUUUAGCAUUUUUAUAUUUAAUAACUGGAAAUGUUGAAAAAUUACAAAAAAUGCAAAAAAUUGCACAAAUACGUAAAGAUGUACAUGGACAAUUUCAAUGCGCUUUAAUGUUGGGUGAUGCUGAGGAAAGAACUAAAGGUUUUUUGGAGGGGUUUUGUAAGGGAAGAUGGUCUAGUGUGUAUAAUAAUUUGGUAUUUUUCUUGGUACUGUUUGAUAGAGGACCCCCGACUUUCUAUUGCGAAGUUGGAUUUGCUUUUUGGCAAAAUGACUUGGGGGCCGACUUUUGGCCAUUCAAAGUUUGGGGCUUUGAAAUUCUCAGAGAAUUAGGACAAAUUUCUUUGGCAUAUUUAUCAGCUACUACACACGGAUUAACUGAAGAAGCUUCUCAAUUGACAUUAGAGCUUGAAAACAAAAACAUUCCUGUUCCCGAUGCAAAUCCAAAUGCAAAACCUUUUGUUCCGCCUAAACCGUUGUAUCCUCUAACAGAGAAUUGGCCUCAAUUGACAGUUUCUGUAGGACCUUUUGAUACACAAUUACUUUCUAAUACUACUACUAAAAAAGCUCCUACAGCCAAAACUCCUGCCCUCAAUGCUUUUGCUGCAGAACAAAACGAAGAUCAUACUGAAGGUGAAGCAUGGGGCGUUGAUGGAGAUUUAUUAUUGGAUGAAGAAGGUAAUCCAGAAAUGGACGAAAUUGAAAUGAUUGGAGGCGAAGAGGAUGAGGAAGGCGGUUGGGAUGUUGACGAAGAAAUAACUCAAGCUGUCGAAUCAAUGCGCAUCGGUGCUGGAGAUGAGGCUGCGGAUGAUGGGUUUACUUUACCCCAACGUGGACAUGCUCCACCAUUUUAUUGGCCUGGAAAUUCUCGUCUUACUGCUGAUCAUGUUGCUGCGGGUGCUUUCGAUUCAGCUGCAAGAUUGUUGGAAGAAUCACUUGGAAUUGUUCAAAUUGGUCCUUUUAAAUCUUUGUUCCUCUCAACUUAUGCCAAGUCUCGUGUAGCAUGUUGUGCAAUGCCUUUGUCCCCUCCAAAUUUUAUUUUUCCGAUGCGAAAUUGGCAGGAUAGUUUAUCAAAAUCUUCACUUCCAGCUGUUUCUUUAAAGUUAAAUGAUCUUGCGCAACGUUUACAAAUUUGUUAUAAAUUAACUACAGAUGGAAAAUUUGUUGAAUCUGUUCAACGUUUUAGACAAAUACUUCUUUGUAUACCUUUACUUGUUGUUGAUUCAAAACAAGAGGUUUUGGAAGCUCAACAAUUGCUACAAAUAUGCCGAGAAUAUUUAGUUGGUCUUUUACUUGAAACGGCACGAAAAGAAUUGCCUCGUGAAUCAACUGAAGAUGCAAAACGAAAUUUAGAAAUGGCUGCUUAUUUUACAAAUUGUGAUAUUCAACCUAUACAUAAAAUUUUAACAUUGAGAACUGCUGCAAAUUUGAGUUUUAAAAAUAAACAAAUGAGACAUUGUGCAACAUUUUGUCGUCGAUGCAUUGAAUUGGGUCCUAAACCAGAAGUUGCUGCACAAAUGAGAAAAAUGCUUUCAGUAGCAGAACGUGAUAAUACUAAUGCAUAUGAAAUAAAUUAUGAUGAGCACAAUCCUUUUGUGCUGUGUUCAAAAAGUUUUACACCUCUUUAUAGAGGAAAACCACAAGUAAAAUGCCCCUUUUGUGGAGCGAGUUAUAUGCCUACAUUUGUUGGUUCUGUCUGUGAUGUUUGUGAGGUAGCAGAAAUAGGAAGAGAUGUUCCAGGAUUAAGAAUUGCUUCAAUUCAAAGUGGAAAAUGA